GCCUGGCUGCCAACAACUGUAUGUUCUCAAGCAAAAAGCAACUGGCUGCAAUGCAAUGGAUUGGAUGCGGGCUUGGGAGAUCAUGCUGAGGCGAGUCCUCACCGGAGUGGCAUGCGACCGAGGGGCGGAGGUGCCCGAGGACCUGGCUAUGCUCCGCUGGCAUCGGGGCCAUCGGGGUCCGACAGCCCAGGCGAAAGGCAACGACUGGCGCCAGGUGGUGCGAGAGAAGGGCUUGCACAGCCUUCCCUCCGGCAAUGCACAGCGGCGAUCGCUGCAUGUGGCCGGGCACGAGCGUGGGACAAAGCUUUGGGGAUCUUGCAGAAGAUGCGAGAGGAUGGUCCACCACCAGAUGCGUUUUGCUGCAACAGUGCGAUCAAGGCCUGCAACAACUUGAAGCAGCAGCUUCAGGUUUUUGAUGGCAUGUGCCAUUUGGGCCCCUCACCGGACAUCGCCACGUAUGGCGCUCUGACGUCGUCCCUGGGCCGUGUCGCACGCUGGGAAGACUGCCUGGAGAUGCUGCGCGAGCUGGACUCCCAAAGCUUGGAGUCCAACCUCAUCGUGUACAGUGCUGCUAUCUCUGCCUGCGACAAGGGCUCCCAGUGGCAAGUGGCCAUAGAUCUGCUAGAGCGCCUGGAAGAUCAGGAAACUUCUUUAGUGUGCUGCAGUGCUGCCAUGAGCGCAUGUGCACGUGGCAGCCAGUGGGAGUUGGCUCUAGACCUCCUGGCCACAACACGUUCCGCAGGUUUGCAGUUUGACCUCAUUAUGUUCAGCACGGGCAUCAGUGCGGGUGCUCAAGGGAGUCAGUGGCAGCUGUCCUUGGGGCUCUUCCGCGAACUGCAGUGUCAACAGCUUCCCAAUCAGAUCGCCUACAAUGCCGCCGCUGAUGCGUUGAGUCGCAGCCAGAAUUGGAUUCUGACGUUGGAAUUUCUGAGUGAGAUGAGGCGCUCGAGCGCUCGCCCAGAUGCCAGCACCUUUAGCAGCCUCAUCCGUGCUUGUGGCUGUGCAGCUUUGUGGCAAGAGGCCUUGAUGGCCUUCCAGCAGAUUCGAGAAGGCUUGCUUUGGCCAGAUCUCAUUGCGUACCACUCAGCGGUCUCCGCGUGUGAAGAGGCUGCUGCCUGGGCUGCGGCUUUGGAGCUACUCAUGGACAUGAGGCGUUCUCGGCUGCCUGCCGACGCCCAGAUCCUCUCUGCCGCGGUCAGCGCGGCUGGGAGGUCUGGCGAGUGGGAAAUGGCACUCGCUUUGCUCGGCACAAGGCAGAUGGACACAGCACUCCGCAACGCGGCCAUCACCGCCUGUGGCAAGGUAUUCAUAUGUAUUUAUGGUCCGCAUGUGCUUUUGCAUAGCCGCUUUGGAGAGUGGCCAAUGGAUUUGCAACUCAAUCACUACCGCUUGGCACCCAUGAGCAGCCUUGAGGUGCUGAAGCUCUUGGGAAAGGGCGCCUAUGGCAUCGUGUGGAAAGUAAAGGAGUUGAACGGCCACGAGAACAUUGUUCGUUUGAUGAACGUGAUGAAGGCUGACAGCAGCCAGGACUUGUACGUCAUCUUCGACUACAUGGAGUCGGAUUUGCAGAAGGCCAUUGUUGGGAACCUGCUGCAGCCCAUUCAUGUAGAGUAUAUCACCUACCAGGUUCUUAAGGCUUUGAAGUAUAUCCAUUCCGCUGGUGUCCUGCAUCGCGACUUGAAGCCUGCCAAUGUCCUGCUGAACUCCAACUGCCACGCUCGCAUUUGCGACUUCGGCUUGGCCCGCACGGCUCUACCACAGCUGUUGCCCACCCGCCGCGACUCUCGUAGCUCCGAAGGUGAGGCUCCUCCCUUGCUGACGGACUACGUGGCCACGCGCUGGUAUCGUGCUCCAGAGCUCCUGUUGGGCUCCACGGUCUAUGCCGAGGGCGUGGACAUGUGGAGCGUGGGCUGCAUCCUGGGCGAGAUGGUGGCUGGAAAGCCCAUCUUGAGAGGCAGAUCCGCCAUGGACCAGCUUCAAAAGGUGGUCGAGCUGACCGGCAAACCCAGUGAACAGGACUUGCGCCCCAUUGUGACGACGUCGCAAUACGCGCGAAGCAUGUUGGAGAGCUUGGGCAAUGUGCGACAAAUGCCCUCUUCUGGUGUGCUGUUUCUUCUGAAGCUGCCGCAGUUGGCCAAGACAUUGACACUGAAUUUGCUGAAGUUCAAUCCAGAGAAAAGACCCUCCGCAGAGCUUGCCCUCCAGGAUGUCUUCCUGGAGAAGUUCUUUCUGCAAGAAGCGGAGCCGCUCUGUGACAAGGUCAUCCGCAUGCCCAUCGCAGACAUGACGAAGCUCAAGGCCUCGGACUACCGGGAUCAGAUAUAUACCAUGAUUGCGCAGCGGCGCAAAAUGGCUCAGGAGGAAGCUGCGGUGUUAGCUCGUCGUGGAAGGCACAGCCUGCGAAGGCAGAGCUCCCGCUACUCAGAGGCUUCGACAAGCAGUGUCCGAGAUCCAGCUCCGCUCUUCUGGAAUCACGAGGGUGGGGCUGCAGCGCCGCCAUCCACUCCAAAGUGA